AUGCGUGAUGCACCGGCCCCUCCUCAAGCCUCUCCCCCCCCACCGCACCCGGGACGCAGAAUCCCAAAGGGAAAAGGGCUCAAAGCCCAGCCUACGGCCCUCGAGAAGAUCCUGCAGGGUAAAUCCGAUGAGCUGAGUGUUGAGAUCGGGGUGCUGGAUCAUAAGUAUGGCGGGGACCCGCUUGGUGAUCGACUUGUGGAGAUACUGCAGCUGACGUCGAGAUUGACUGGCACGAAUCGUGAGGAGACGUUGCGGAAGAUUAUUCAGGAGGAUGCGAUCUUGAGAGGGUUGCGGUCCAAGGGGAUUACGGGACCGGGGGAUGGAAAGGGGGGUAGUCUGUCGGUCUGGGGCCUGAAUUUCUAA